CCAAUCUCAAAAAGUUCGUUUCACUGACAACAAAAGCGUCGAGACGAGAAGAAGCAAUAAUCGCUCGAAAACCCACAAAACACCCCACAAAACAUGCUCCCCUGACGAAGUAUCUCUGCACAAACUGCUCUAAAGGGCGAGGGAUAGUCAGUUAGCUCGCCAUGGCGAAUAUGAUCAACGGGCAAAUUAUUCUGGAGGAAGAAUACGAUGAAACAUAUGAACCAACCGAGCAAGAAAUCUAUGAGUAUGCACAGCUGAUUGGCAUAGACCCUCACAGGGAGUCUGAUCUCCUAUGGAUUGCACGCGAGGGGAUAGUGGCACCCCUACCACCAGACUGGAAACCAUGCCAAGAUGCCAGUGGAGACAUCUACUACUUCAACUUCACAACUGGCGACAGCGUCUGGGACCACCCUUGUGAUGAUUAUUAUCGGAAUAUGGUGCAAGAAGAGCGCAGCAAGCCCAGAAAAGCCAACUCUGGGAAUAAGAAAGAGAGCAAGAAGAAGGAGAAAAAAGAGAACAAGAAAUUAUCAAAGUCUCUUGAUCCUCCUUCUAAGCAAAAGGGUCUUGGUUCUGUUGGCGGACUUGCACCUCUGAAAGGCGAAGCCCCUCUAGGGUCACUUGCACCCCUGCGCAGCACAGCUCCAGCUCCUUUGGGGGGGCCAAUGGGCAGCUCUCUUGGUGGAACUUCAUUGGGGGGGCCUCUCAAAGGACCCCCACUUGGAGGCUCCCUUGGAGCUCCUCCCUUAGGAGGGCCCUUAUCUGGGAAUUCUUUAGGACCUAAAGGAACUCUUGACAGUCAAGGUGGAGGCUCAAGGUUUUCAAACAUAUCCUCGGCACAGGAUUCUUUAUAUAAGUCUGGUCUAAAGGAGAAGAGCAAGAAAGGUCAAGGUCAGAUUAGUGACCAAGAUGACAGCGGGGAGGGACUGGGAAUCACCCUGAACACAGGAUCUGGUGACCACAUAAAUCUCAAUCUAAUGGCCGAUCUGUCAUCGGAUGGCAGUGAGAGCCCAAUCCCUCGAAAAGGCACGUUUGACUUUGGUGGCAUGCAAGAUAUUGCUGCCUUGGAUUAUGAGGAAUCAGACAUUGAGGAGAGUUCUAACCUCCGCCAGCCUGUCACGCCGUCUCUGAGUGAUGUUGAUGACGGCGAGGAGGUGGACUUUGGCAUCAGUGGGACACUGUCUGACCGCUUGGAGGGAAUGAGUGUAGAAAACCUUCUCCCUGCCGAGGAGUCCAAGAAACUUCGCGAAAACGAAGCCCCUACUAAACAAGGCAAGAUUCAAUUGACAGGAAGUGCUAUGGAUGCAGGAACAAAUAAGAAAGUUGAAGAAGAGGAGCGACUGACUCGUGCAAGAAUACAAGCAGAGGCAGCUGAGAGGAGGGUCACAUUCCAGACUGAUGGCGAUAGCAAGGACAAGCAAAAGAGAGAGAAAGAAGAGCAAGACAAGCUAGCAAAAGAAGUAACCAAGACUCUGGAAGAGCUUCGAAAAACGAAGGAAAAAGAGCUGGAAGACGCCAAAGUCAAACUGGAACAGGAGAAGAAAGAUUCUGUCAAGAAGCUGAAGGAGAGACUUGAGAAGGAGCGGGAGAGCGAGGAGGAACGCUUGCAGAAGGAACAUGACGCCGUGAUGAGAACACUCGGAGACAAGGCCCGGGAGGACACGCUUGAAGAAGAAGCCAUGCUACAGGAAGGAAAGCAGGAUGCGCUACGCAAGCUCCGACAGACGAUACAAAGAGAGAGGGAAGAAGAGGAGGCGGCCUUGAGAAAGGAAAAAGAGGAGGCACUGGACGCCGUUCGAGAGGAGCUGGAAGAAGAACAGGAGGAAAAAGAAUCGCGACUCAGAGAUGAGAAGGAACAGAGCCUGCGAAAACUCCGCGAGAGUCUCGCGAGGGAACACGAGAAAGAGAAGAGAAAGAUUGAGGAGGAGUAUCACGCGGCCCUAGACGAGCAGAGAGAGAAACUGGACAAGGAGAAAGAUGCUGAAAUCGAGAAGCUUCAGCAGAAAAACCAGUAUGAACUACAGCAGAAGAAAACCGAACUGAUUGAAAAACACGAGAAGGCGAUGGAAGACGUGUUGACCGAGUUGGAUCAGGUGCAAAAUGCAGAACUGAGCGAGACGAAGAGGAAGAUGUCAAGCGUGCAAGCAAAGUACGACAUGACAAUGGACUCUCUUGAUGUGGAGAUGCAAGAGGAAUUUCUGCAAAAACGACAGGAGAUGGAAGCAAAAUACGCAGAGCAGUUUAAUGCAGCCAAGGAAGAGUUUGAGGCAAAGCUAUGUCGAGCGAAACAGGAGUGGAAGGAAGAGGAGACGAAGGAGAAGUUCAAACUGGAGGAGAAGCUCGAGAGAGAGCGGCGCCGUCUGCAGGAGGAGCACGAGGAGGUGAUGGCUGAGCUUGCCCAGGACUGCGCGGACAAGCGCAAGAUGCUUCAAGACGACAUCGCGAGCGUAGAAUCCCGACUCAGUAACGAGAGACAGCAAGUUGAGCAGCAACGCCAGCAGCUGGAGAAAGAACAGGAGGCUUUGAAAAAAGUGCAGGCAGAACUGGAAAAUCAGGAGAAGGACGUCGAGAAAAAAAGGAAGAAGCUUGAUGAAGAGAAAGCGAAUUUUGAGGCCGAGAGAGAACAAUUGAAUGAUAACCGAAGGGCUCUGAGUGAGAAUACCGCUGAAGAGGCAACAGCGGGCUCAAACCUGGAGGAGAUUCAGAGGAAAAUUAAUCGCAGUCGAGAAGAAAUGCAACAGAUAGAAAGACGAAAGAAAGAGCUCCAAGAAGAGGUGGACAAGCUGAGUGGAUUGCGUGACCGCUUGAGUCACGACAUCGCCGAUAUGAGGUCACGCUACGAUCAAAUGCAGCGAAGCUACCGUCAGCAGGAGCAAGAGUUCAACGCUUUACAGGAGAAACAGGAGCUUCUGAGGCGUAAACUUGACCAGAUGAAUGCAAAUGAAGACCUGGACGAUACGCUUGUGGAGGAUCACGGGAAGCAUUCUCGGAGCGCCCCUGUCAAGGAGCAGGAGCGAGUGCCUGACAGAGCUGGCGUGACAGGGAGGCGUCCAUCAAAAGACAUGGCGUUACAUUUAGAGGACCUGGAGCCGCCAGGUGUGACAGCGAACAAGGGUAGCGACUCGCGCGCAGGCUCCAACAAGCAGAGACGUACCCAGCUCUCCUCAAACACCGAGUCUGACAUGUCCGACUCCCCGGGUGAGGUGUCCCCUCGGGCAGAAUUUAUGAGGAACUCAGGGCGUGGCAAGACUUCCCAGAGGGGCAAAGCCCUGGUCAAGAGCCACGCCCCUAAACCUGCACCCAUAGAUGUAUCUUCAGAUGAGAGCACUGCAGACGAACUUCAACAAAACUUACUUCUACUGCAGAAGCAGGCCGAGAUACGUAACGCUGACUUGAAGAAGCGUUUAGCGGUGGAAGGUGACGCUAUUUCCAAAGCCAGGGCUUUUUUGAGACGACACAAGAAGUCAGUCCAGAAGCGACAGGCCGCGUUAGAGCAGGCGCGCAGAGAAUGGAAGCAUGACGUCACUUCAACUUACUCAAAGGGCAAGCCCGCCUCGUUCAAGAACGCGUCCAUCCUCGACAACGUCAAGUCUAAGCUGGAGGAGGAGGAAGCCGAGCUGACGAUAGUCAUGGAUAACAUGAACGUUGGGCAGGAGUUACUGCAGCAAAAGGAGGAACGACUUAAGAUCCUCGAGAACGCUCUUCUCGGAGGCAUGACCACCACGACGUCUGACUCAGAGAGCAUCCCCAUCCCGGAGGCUCUAUCCCGAAAAUCCCACCUCCAGUCGAGGGACAAAUACCGCCCUCACAGGACAGCCCCUACCUCCAGACGUCCCGCGGACGACGAUGACUCCAGCGGCUUCAGUAGCAGCGACUAUGGUGACGCCAUCAAUGACGUCAGAGUGGGCGCCCGCGGUCACAAGAGCGUUCGGUUUCCCGCGGGUGGCGAGUCUACUAAUAUAGACGAAGUGCAGCAUUCCUUGUUCUCGAUCAACACGGAUCUGGCGCGAAUUCUCUCCCUGCUACAGACACAGGCAUCCCAACGAGGUGGUAGUUCUUAUGGUUCAUCUGGGCCCAAGUCCUCCCGCUACGCCCAGGCCAUCUCUGAACCAACGCCAUUCUUGCAGAGCAUGAGGCCUGGGGCGAGCUACGCACCGGAGCAUGCGCAGACAAGCCGACCCGAUCUAGCCCCCGCUCCAGUCCCUGGCGGUUACCAGUCGCUGUUCAAGCCCCCACAAGAAGGCGCGGAAGCCCUGCUCGAAAAAAAGUGGAGAUCGUACUUUGGAGAGAGCAACCGUGACAACCCUGCGAAUCUGAACAUGAGCGCCACUCUACGGACUCAAAUAACCACAAGCCGUCCGCCUAACGCCCAAGAAGGCUUGACGGACUGGACUUCACAAGGACAGCUGAACGUGGCGGAGCGGCUACAGAAUCAUGCUGAGUGGCUUCGCAACUUCCGGCGCGAAAUGGGACUGGGCCCAGGCACACCGAACAGAAGCACCACCACUUCCGCUUUAUUCACACAGUCCACCACGAUUAACAACAACCAAGGAGCCAAUCAGAUGUGGCAGGAUCCGUCACGUGGUCACGCAAUGUCCCAUAGGCCUUUGCGCUUUGAGCUAGGCAAGAACAAUGAGAUCAGAUACGUAUGACAAGCAAAAAUAGUUUUAUAUACUCAGAGACAGUAUUUAUUCAGAUUUUUAUAAUCUUGCACUUGUUUGAAUCUACAAAUAUGUUUUACUUGUAAAAAUGUGUAGGUUUUAGGAUUCUGUAUAUUAUUCGACUAAAAAUAGCAGGUGCGUAUGGUAUAGAUAAUGCUUACGUAAGUCUGUCUAUUCGUGAUAACAGAUAAAAUACAAAUAUUGAGUUGCAGUGAAAAUAGAGGAAUUGUGAUGUUUUCUUUUUAGAUUCUUGUUACAAGCACAGUUUAAUCCCUGUAGCACGAGUGGAAUUUAAAAUCUUCUAUAGGGUGUUUUAUUACAGAAGAGUGGUAAAUCAAAUAAACGUUCUUUUCUACUUGCUCAACAUUAUUUUAAAAACUAACGCAUAUCUUAUACAUUCUUUAUAUUGAAUACUGAUUGAAUCCAUUGAAUCCGCUUCAUUUUAACCUUGUACAUAAUGAUAAAUUCUAUUAGACUUCUGUCAAAUAAUAAAGUGAUCACUUGUA